AUGACAGACGGCAGACAGGAAUCUUUUGAGCCACUCGAAAUAAGUUCUCCCCCGCCAUCGCCUUCUAAUGAAGGGUGGAUUGCUUGGAUGCAAGUCGCCGGUAGCUGGUGCCUCAUGUUCAAUUGCUGGGGUAUAGUUAACACCUACGGUGCAUUUCAGACCUACUACGAGACCGAUCUGCUAAGAGGGCACAGCCCCUCCCAGAUUGCCUGGAUUGGGUCCAUUCAAACUUUUUUAUUUCUCUUUGGAGGUGCUAUUGCCGGACCACUUUACGACCAUGGACAUUUUCGCACUUUGCUGGUAGUGGGCACCUUCCUAAUGGUUUUUGGAAUGAUAAUGGUAUUACUGUCGGUAUCGGGGGGGGCAUGUCUUUUCGUUCCUGGAAUCGCGAUACUGCCUACAUAUUUUUCAUCGCAUCUUGUGUUCGCCAUGGGAGUCGCCGGGAGUGGAAGCGGUCUUGGAGGUGUCCUCUAUCCAAUUAUCUUCCAGCAGCUUGUGAAAUCCGUCGGCUUUGGUUGGUCCACCCGGGCCAUGGCAUUUAUCAUGCUAACCACGCUGCUUGUUUCUAUAUUUGUUAUGAAAUUCCGACCCAGGCCAUCAACUGUUCGUAAAUUAUUCGAUAAAUCGGCCUGUAAAGAGCCCUCGUUCUUCCUCUUCGCGAUUGGAGCAUUUUUCGGAUUCAUUGGCGUAUAUAUGCCGCUAGUCUACGUGGCAAUAAAUGCGACUUACCACGGAAUGCAUCCCAAGCUUGCCUCUUACCUACUACCCACUCUCAACGCAGGAUCGGUGCUAGGACGAAUUGUGCCCAAUUAUGCAGCAAACAAAACAGGCCCCAUGAAUAUGUUCAUACCCACCUGCUUUCUUCUAGCCGCUCUAUCUUUUGCAUGGAUCGGCAUCGACAACAACGCUGGUCUGAUUAUCUUUGUUACGCUAUACGGCUUUUUCUGCGGGGCAUUCAUGACGCUACCGUUCAGCAUUAUCGCCAAACUCAGCCCCCACCUCGAUGUUGCUGGGGUCCGGAUGGGAAUGAUCACUGCAGCCGGUAGCUUUGGUAUCCUUAUUGGCACUCCAGUGGGCGGAGCUAUCCUGCACCACGGCGGAUGGGUUGCCCUUCAAUCGUUUGGUGGUGCGGCUCUCGCCAUAUGUGGUACUGCUGUACUUGCGAGUCGGGUCUAUAAGGCCGGGUGGCAU